AUGUUGACGUUUGAGACGUCGCAAGUGCAAGGCGCCGAGGCUGUGGUGGAAAAGUUGAAGUCGUUGCCCUUCAGCAAGAUCAUCCACAAGAUCUCGACCCUUGACGCCCAGCCGGCGUCGCCCAAUGGCGACAUUUUGGUCAUGGUCACCGGCGAGUUGCAAUUCGACGAGGAAACCCUGACGCAAAGAUACUCGCAAGUGUUCCACUUGAUCCCCGAGGGCCAGUCGUACUACGUGUUGAACGACAUCUUCAGAUUGAACUACUCGUAG